UGUAUAGGUACAGUUGUUCUGCAAAUUCAUUCCGAUUUUGAAGUGAAGUGGGGAGGUGUGUGUUUUGUGGUCGUUUUAAACAUUCAACAAAAUUUAGAUAAAUUGUGAGUUUUAUUAAUUUGAAGUGACCGACUUAGUACAAAUUUAAAGGCACAAUAUACCAUUUUCAGUUUGAUCUUAACAUAAGCUCGAGAAAAAAACUAUAAAAAAAACCAAUAUGUCUGACAAACCAAAGCGUCCUCUUUCUGCAUACAUGAUAUGGCUCAAUAGUGCUCGCGAACAGAUUAAGCGCGAAAACCCAGGCAUUAAAGUCACUGAAGUAGCGAAAAGGGGUGGAGAACUGUGGCGUGCAAUGAAGGACAAGUCGGAAUGGGAAGCAAAAGCGGCCAAAGCAAAGGAGGAUUACGAGGAGGCGGUAAAAGAUUUUGAGGCCAAUGGUGGUAGCUCGGCAAAUGGCAGCACAAAGAAGCGCGGUAAAGCGGUGAAAAAGCCCGCAAAAAAGAGCAAGAAGGCCGACUCCGAUGACGAGGAUGAGGAUGAAGAAAGCGAGUAGAUCAAACAAACUUUUUAUUAAUAGAAAGUAUACAAAAAUAAGUUCGGCUUGUUCAUAUGUAAACACCUCUGCCAAUUCUUUCAUUAAUAUUCAUAUAGUAUAUGUAAGCCAUUGAAAACAAUUUUGCACAAAAUUUCAAAUCAAAAGUAAAACUAAAGUGCAAGCGUCAUUAUCGUUCGUUUAUAUGCACACGCAUUUAACGUAUGAAAAGUAUUUAGCUAUAGUAAAAAUAAUAUGCAAAGUAACAAAACAAAAACUUUUGCAUUUAAUUAAAUAUUAUAAACGUAUAUAAAAAACGAUUACAAUUGAGAGAAAUGCAUAGUUAUGUAUAUUAUAAGUGAAUGUUCUGAAAAGUCGUGAAGGAAAGAAUAAAAAUUACUUUUAUAUAUGUGACUGAAUAUACAAAAAUA